AUGUCAAGCCAGCAGCAGUGCGAUGGCGGAGAGAAGGAGAAUCAAGACCCCACAACAGUCGCCUCAUCCAACAGUUGUGGCACCAAGCGAAACUUCAGUGUUAUGCCUAACAAUGAUGAUCUCGAAGUGCAACCAAAUAAGAAGCAAAAGAGCAGCGAAUGUCAGGCUUCAUAUAUCGCAAAGGAAGUCAAUAGGCUUGAGCACACUCCCUCAGGUCCAGAGCCUAGACCUCAAGUACCAGACAUCAGCAUCCCUGUCAUUCAGCAGCCGCAUGCAGUGGGGAAAUAUUCAGCCCUUGACUUUUUAGGUUUAUUCGCCAAGCAAACGACUGGGAAGUUCAAGAUGUUUAUUCUAGGCGGAUUUCUACAAUGUCGACCAGAGAAAGACGAAGUAGACGUUGAAUUCCUAGUUACACAUCCAGCUCACAAAGACCCUUCAGAGGAAGCACUUAUAGACCGAAAGCAAGAAGCAUACAAGAUUGCGACUUUUUCAAAGACUCAUCCAAAGAAUCCCCCACAGUGA